AUGGUGAAUUUACAGUGUAACACCCCAAGCCCUCUGGAAGAGGAGCCCUCCAAUCCGUCACUCAAUACCAGUGAGACUAAAGAGAAGACAGAAGAUGCGGUCCGUCUGCCGAAUAGAUCUCACCUGUCUCUUCGCGAUGUUUGGCCUGUCGACGUUGAAGUGAACAAUCUUGGGCUUCAUGUUGAUACCACACCGUCAAUAUUUCAGAGCCCGGUAGCGGCAAUAUGGAAUCACCUUUCUCCUCCAAAGCAUCGGGCCACGUUCAAAACUGUUCUAGACGGUGUAACUGCCAGUAUGCCCCGUGGCACCCUGACAGCCAUUAUAGGAGGCAGCGGAUCUGGAAAAACAAGUUUAUUGAAUGUCAUUGCUGGUCGUAUGGGAACCAGCCGCAUGAAAGUGUCAGGAGAUGUUACUUUUAACUCAAAGGGAAAAAUAGAUGGCAAUCGAAGUGCAUAUUUAAUGCAGCAGGAUGUCUUAAUACCCACCCUAACAGUGCGGGAGACACUUCAAUAUUCUGCGGAUCUAAGGCUACCUCCGCCUACGACAGCGGAAGAGCGACGUUCCGUGGUUGAAAGAGUAAUACUUGAGCUGGGCUUGAAAGACUGUGCCGAUACUCGGAUUGGAAACUCAUCACACAAGGGCUGCAGUGGUGGUGAGAGGAGACGCACAAGCAUUGGGGUUCAGAUGCUAGGAAACCCUUCGGUGCUAUUUUGCGAUGAGCCGACGACGGGGCUAGAUGCAACGAGUGCCUACCAGGUCGUUAGAAGCCUGAAGAAACUAGCCUUGGAUGGCCGAACUAUUGUUAUCUCCAUCCACUCUCCUCGUUCGGAAAUUUGGGGACUGUUUGAUAAAGUUGUCCUUCUCUCUCGUGGAUCGGUACUGUACAGCGGUGACGCAGAUGAAUCUAUCUCACACUUCGAGAGACAGGGAUAUUCUAUACCCCCAUUUGUCAAUCCUGCAGAGUUCCUGAUAGACCUAGCAGCAUAUGACAACAGAACGUCUGAGGCUGAAUUAGCCUCACGAAACCGAGUUGAGAGCCUUAGACUGGCAUGGAGUGAAGCUUCGAGGAGAAAGUGCAAGAAAAAUGAAACAGUGUCGGCGGAUGCACAGCCGGUGUCUAACGCUGGCACACAAGAAAGUGUCGGCUUUACUAGACAAUUUUGGGUUCUAACAGCAAGGACUAUAAAAAUGACUAUUCGGGACCCUAUGGGGAUGACAAGCUGUCUAUUCGAGGCAAUUGGCAUGGCUGUUCUGAACGGCUGGGUGUACUUACAACUUGAUGGAUCCCUUACCGGUAUCAGAUCGCGGCAAGGAAGCUUAUACACAGCAAGCAGUCUCAACGGGUAUAUCAUUCUAUUAUACGAGAUUUUCCGGCUUACGACUGAUAUACAACUCUUUGAUCGUGAAAGAAGUGAAGGAGUCGUCGGUGUCCCAGCCUUCCUUCUCAGUCGACGGGCCGCGAGAUUGUUUCUAGAAGAUCUGCCAGUCCCUAUACUAUUUUCAACUAUAUUCUACUUCAUGGUUGGAUACCGGCUGGCUGCCGCCGAGUUCUUUAUUUUCCUGGUCCUAAACAUACUUACACAGUAUACGGCAAUUACCUUUGCUGCCGUUUGUAUCAGUAUUUGCAGACAUUUCCCCGGUGCGAGCUUGGCUGGAAACCUCUCUUAUACCCUUCAAACAGUGGCCUGCGGGUACUUCGUGCAAGUCAAUCAGAUUCCCGUAUAUGUCCGAUGGGUUAAAUGGUGCGCCUACACCUUUUAUGCGUUUAGUGCAUUAUGUGCCAAUGAGUUCAUUGGACCUAGCGGCUCCGAAAAUGGACAGUUCUAUGAUUGCCCUUACUCGAAAGAUCCUACGGAUCCACGGUGCAAGGAAUAUACCGGCCGAUUUAUCAUCGAUAGCCUUGGGAUACCUCAAAAUUGGAUAUGGCGUCCGAUUGUGGUCCUUGCUUCCUUUGCAAUCUUCUUUUAUGCCCUCGCCGGUGUCAUCUUAAAAUUUAACAAAAUCGAUAUCAUUGUCGCUCAGCCACGGAAUGUGGAGAAAGAUCAAUCAGUGGGUAAAGAAAAAUUCAUCGCUCGUCCUCAAGCAGAUAGCCGCCAAGUAUCUAUCAAGCUUGAGAAUUAUUGUUUAGAUAUCAAAAAGCGUUCCCUUACUCGCAACGGGUUUCAGAUGAAGAACCUAAGCAUCAUUAAGCCUAUUACCACAGAAUUCGAACCUGGCAAAUUGAAUGUUAUUAUGGGCCCUUCUGGGAGCGGGAAGACAUCAUUGUUGUGUUCAAUCGCAAAUCGGUUGCAGGGCUCUAUUAGCACACGAUACUAUGUUGGAGGUGAUAUGCUAUACAAUGAUGCUAGGCCUUCAAAGGAUGUCGUCAGAUCCGUUACCUCCUUUGUCACACAAGACGACGAUGCUUUGAUGCCGUCGUUAACUGUCCGAGAAUCAUUGCAAUUUGCUGCCGGCUUGCGACUGCCAUCGUGGAUGUCAACAGAUGAGAAGAACCGACGAGCAGAGGUAAUGUUGUUGAAGAUGGGCCUGAAAGACUGUGCAAAUAACCUAAUUGGCAGCGACUUGAUUAAAGGAAUCAGUGGUGGCGAGAAGAGAAGAGUCUCUAUUGCUAUCCAAAUUCUCACAGACCCAAAAAUUCUACUGCUUGAUGAACCAACGUCGGGUUUGGACGUCUUCACUGCUACAUCCAUUAUUGAAGUCUUGAACGGGUUAGCUGCGGAAGGCAGAACUCUCAUUCUGACGAUACAUCAAUCAAGAUCGGAUAUUUUCCAAUACUUCUCCAAUGUGCUUUUGAUUGCAAGAGGAGGAUACCCUGUUUACGCUGGCAGCGGUGGAAAUAUGCUACCUCAUUUUGAGUCACUUGGAUACGAAUGUCCUCAGACUACCAACCCAACUGAUUUUGCCCUUGACUUGAUUACUGUGGAUUUACAAGCGAAAUCAAAAGAGACGGCCACUCGGGCCAAAGUACAACGCCUGAUCGAUAGUUGGGGGAUUAGCCCCCAGAAAGGCAGAGAAGCAGGGCCACCCAUGAUUGCAGCACCGGCUGAAUUGGGUAGCUUGAAGAGAAAGCCUACUGCGUUUCCCGCUAUGUUUGUACUGGUCCUUCAAAGGUCGGCAAUUAACUUGAGAAGACAGCCGUAUCUACUCUUGGCACGUACCAUGCAGGUGAUUGGUGUUGCAAUAAUCAUGGCACUGUUUUUUGCGCCACUGAAAGAUGACUAUGCAGCAGUGCAGUCAAGGAUGGGAGCUGUGCAGCAGAUUACGGCCUUAUACUUCGUUGGAAUGCUUCAAAACAUUGCCAUCUACCCCUAUGAACGAGAUGUAUUCUACCGCGAGGAGAGUGACGAUUGCUAUUCUACUGAAGCAUUUAUCUUACAGUACACCACACUGGAAGUUCCAUUUGAGAUAAUAUCGUCUCUAUUAUAUGGUAUUAUCUCUGCCUAUGCUAUUGGUGUAAGGCGAACGGCGACCAUGCUAUUUGUCUCAUCAUUCAACGCCUUCUGCAUCACUAGUUGCGGCGAAUCGCUUGGAAUUAUGUUUUGCACUCUAUUCUCCCACGUUGGAUUUUCGGUCAACAUUACCUCCAUAGUGCUAUCGAUAGCCACAGUCUUAGGUGGCGUGAUGAGCCUUAAUAUCCCCUCGGUUUUGCAGGCGGUAAACCAUCUUUCCCCCGUUAAAUACUCUAUUUCCAACCUGGCGCCUUACUCCAUGAAUGGACGCACAUUUACCUGCACCGACAAUCAACGUCUCCCUAAUGGGCAUUGUCCAAUCGAGACGGGCGAGCAAGUCCUCUUACUCUACAAUCUAGAUAAGGACCCAAAGAUCAACCUUGUAGCCCUUGGCAUAUGCGUGGUCAGCUAUAGGUUGGUUGCAUAUACCUUGAUUAAGAUUGUCCGAAGCCGUACAGUUUGGGCGAACAUACGUGGAAGACUGUCAAAAGCCCAGAGGAAUACCAAGGACUGCAAAGAAUAG